ACAGCUACAACAGCCUACAGAGACACCACAUCCUGCGCACUGUAAUCCUGCAGGAAUUUUUUCCCAUAAGUGAGCUGAUUAGCAGUGCUGCUCGGAUGCCAAAUUAGGCCAAUGGCACAGUACGUACCCCAGGAAACUAGACCUCUCUAAUUAAGCAGCCCUGAGCCAGGGCUCCCUCCAUAAAUACACACGCAGGGCGCGUACGUUCUCACAGUCACACUAGCUCUCUGCCUCUCUCCCACAUCACCAUUCCACACUGGUCCUGAGCUCGAUCGAAGCCUUCACUUGGACUGGCUCUGACAUCGGCAGUAGACCAUCAUCACCUGCGUGUGGGGGGGGCGAUGGAGCCGGUGGAGUCGGCCAAGUGCGAGUGCUGCGAGCUGCGGGAGGACUGCACCCGGGGUUACAUCGUGGGCGUGAAGGCCGACUUCGGCGGGCGGUGGCUCUGCGGGCUCUGCUCCGAGGCGGUGAGGGAGGAAGGGAGGAAGCGCGGGAUGGAGGCGGCGCUCCGGGACCACAUGGCCUUCUGCGCCGGCUGGUGCCGGGCCAAGGACCCCGCGCUCAGGGUCGCCGACGGCAUGCGCCAGAUGCUGCUCCGCCGCCGCCCCUCCAUCUCCAUCUCCAAGUAAAUCCACGAGCCCCAUCAUUCACGGCGCGCCAUGGAUGCGCAUGCACCGGCGACGAGCGAAACCAGCGGUGGCAACGAGCGCCGCCAUUGCAUCCGGCGAGUGUUCGAGCCCUGAACAAGAUGGACGUAAUAAGAGCCAAGGGUUCAUAUCAUCAUAUGUACGUAAUACAAAGUAGUAUGUACUCCGUAUGUAAUUGUAGUGCGAUGUAGUAAUAAUCUUAUAGCUAGACUGAGGCUGCAUUGCGUCGGCAGGUAGCUGAUGCAUGCUAGUAGCCUUGCUCAAGCUCCGGCUGUACAAAAGGGGCCCAAUAACAUGAGAGGGUGUGACGAUGCCGUGGUACGUACGUGCUGUCAACUCGCCAUUA